AUGGCCAACGGUGAUGACGAUGCCUCGCGCGACUCUGCGCCCGAUCUUCAGAUCCUCGGCGAUCAGAUCACCCUCCAGCCCUCGGGCUACGUCGAGCCUCCUGUGGCCCAUCCAAGCCACCCCGCCCACGAUGCCGCUGUCGACGACGCCGCCGAGGCCGAGAAGGAAGAAGCCCUCAUGAAACACACUGCCCACUUCCGCUCCGAGCCCCUACAGUUCCUUCGCGAAGUGUCUUUGUACGUUUCUGGGACAGGAUGGCGCGCCUAUGACGAUGUCAUCGGCCAGCCCAUCUUCUACUCGGGCUUCUCCGAAAACAUGAAGAACACCAUCCUGUCUGCGCCCCUGCUGAACGUUCGGAUAUCCAAGCUGGCAGAGCGGAGGCUGGCAGUGGAGGAGAGCAAGGGCUUGCUGGGGGACAGAAAGAAGGACAGCCGGGAGUACGAUAUUCGCAAGGCACAGCGACGGAGUUUCCUCGAGAGCGGCUUGAGGGAGGUCGCCGAGAAGUGGACAGACCAGAUGAUCUGCAAAUUCGAGAGCAAGACCUUCAUCAGGGGCGCCUACUAUCUCGUCACCCAGCUCCUGACCAGGGCGUACCACCAGGGCAUACACGUGUCUUCCGAGGAGGUCCUGAGGUUGCGGAGAGUUGCCGAGAAGGCUGCAGCCAACAAGCAGAGCAUCGUCUUCCUGCCUUGCCACAGGUCGCACGUCGAUUAUGUCUCCAUGCAGCUCAUUUGUUACCGCCUUGGAAUUGCUUUACCAGUUGUCGUUGCCGGCGACAACCUCAACUUCCCGCUGGUGGGCAGCUUCCUGCAGCACGCCGGCGCGUUCUAUAUACGAAGGGCAUUUGGAGACGACGCCCUUUACACAACUCUUAUCCAAACUUAUAUCGAUACUUUGCUACAGGGUGGUUUUAAUUUUGAGUGUUUCAUUGAGGGCGGACGGUCAAGAACGGGCAAGCUGCUAUCACCAAAGUUCGGCAUACUGGGUUUCAUCAUCGACAGCCUGUUGUCCGGCCGGGUCAGCGAUACCAUCAUAUGUCCGGUGAGCACCCAAUACGACAAGGUCAUAGAAACCGAGGGCUAUGUAACAGAGUUGCUCGGAGUGCCCAAGAAGAAGGAGAACCUCGCAGACUUCCUGAGCAGCGGCGGGUCCGUACUCUCGCUGAGGCUGGGAAGAGUGGACGUACGUUUCCACGAGCCCUGGAGUCUACGAGGGUUUAUCAACGAGCAGCUCACAAGGCUGAAUCAUCCUCCGAAAUCCCUCAAGGUAGACAUAGACCCCAGUACGCGUCAGAAGCUCCUUCGCAUCCUCGGAUACCGAGUUUUGGGCGAUAUCAACGGCGUCUCCGUGGUGAUGCCCACUGCGCUCAUCGGAACUGUUCUCUUGACCCUGCGCGGCCGCGGCGUUGGCAAGACCGAGCUCGUACGGAGGGUAGAAUGGCUCAUUGAGAGAGUGCGCGCCAAGGGCGGGCGCGUCGCGCACUUCGGUAAUGCGCCUCUGUCCGAGGUUAUCGACCGCGGCCUCGAGGUGCUCGGCAGGGACCUGGUCGGCGUCAUCGAUGGUCUUCCGGAGCCUACGUAUUACGCCGUGGAUCGCUUCCAGCUGAGCUUCUACCGGAACAUGACCAUCCACCUGUUCAUCACCGAGGCACUGGUCUCGGCAGGCAUGUACACUCGCGUCAAGCAGGGCGGCGGGCCGGCCAUACAAGACAUCUCAUACAGGGAUUUGCAUGACCAGGUUCUAUUUCUCAGUUCACUUUUCAGAGGGGAAUUCAUCUUCUCGGGCGAAGGACUGGCGGUCAAUUUAAACAAGACACUCGCCGGCCUUGAAGCCGACGGCGUGUUAACUCUGAAACGGGACGACCAGGGCCAGGUAACAACUGUUGGGCUAUCUGACCAGGAGAGGAAGGUCGGUCGGGAGAACUAUGACUUUUACUGCUUCCUGAUAUGGCCAUUCAUAGAGGCCAGCUGGCUGGCCGCCGUGUCAUUAAUGGGCCUUACACCACCCUCCGGGCAAGAGACCGAGGUUUGGAUCGAGGUGUCCAAGGCACAAAAUAGUGCUCAGCUGCUCGGCAAAACGCUUUAUCACCAAGGCGACCUCUCCUACUUCGAGGCAGUUAAUAAGGAGACCCUAAAGAACGCGUACACACGCUUCGAAGAGGAGGGCAUCAUCCAAGUCGUCAAGUCCAGAGACACAAAGAUCCCACCACGACUGCGCCUGGCGCCCGAAUGGCAGCCAGCCCGCGACCCGACCACCGGCAGUCUCAACGCCAUAGGCUCCCGGCUGUGGAACUUCACCGAGAAGAUCGCCAACAGCCGGCGCGAGGGCAAGAACAGGCGUGACGGCGCGACGGUGAGCACGAGGGUGGUCAGGCUGACGGACCUGCUCGGGCGCAAGCUGUUCGAGGAGGCGGUGAGCGGUGCCGAGGGCAAGGGCAAGGGGAAGGGCAAGGAGAAGGCCAGCUAUCCAACCCUCAGCAGCGAGGACGCGCUGGUUCUUAAGAGGACUGUGAGGGAGCAGCGCCGGCGGAGGGGCCUUGAGAAAAGAGCGCGGCUGUAG